CUGACAUCACUGCAACAUACUCUGCCUUCCGAUUCCCCUAGUGAACAGAUAACCACAUACGAUCCCGAACAACCAGCACGACCGAAAACAACUUGAAUCUCUCGACGGCGCCCCGGCCCCGCCUCAUCUGAGCCUUCAUGCCUACCUGAGGCUCACACCAUGGAUCUCGGCGAAUCUAGUGGCGGGAUCGAUGGCGGUUUUGGCGAUGAGCAGAAGAAACCUCGUCCCUUACCGGCCGACCUGCCAAAGUCCCUCAACGACCGGCGAAUACCAGCAGAGCUCGUUCAAGAAACAGAAUUCUAUGAUGCCUGGCAAGGGCAAUCACAGUUUCUGACCUCGCCCAUAACUGCGAAGCCCUUGAGCUUUGGCGACCUUUCACUGAACGACCCGGCCUACGACGAUGACAUCACCAAGGGCAUUGAGGACAGCGAUUCGAGGUUGAUGGAAAUGAUAGCAGCCCAGGCGGCGCACGCAGCAGGGUCCGAUUUCGUCAACGAGGAUGUCGUAGCCAACGACGAGAAGCUCACCGAUGCCGAAAAGACGGCCACCCUACAGAAGGCACUUGCCAUGGCCGCCAGCAACGGCAAUGUCGAUCUUGUCAAGCGACUCCUGCAGGGCAAGGCAAAACAGUACGUUGACGUAAACGCGCCGGACGAGGACGGCACGCCGGCAUUGAUAUACGCAAGCUGCUUUGGACAUGAGGCUGUAGUACAGGCUCUCAUAGACGCCGGGGCCGAUGUGGACAGACAGGACCGGAAUCAGUGGAGCGCACUCAUGUGGGCCAUGACGAAUCGGCACAAGACGAUAGCAAAGCUGCUCCUCGACAACGGUGCUUCCGCAGAAACCAAGACAUCUUCGGGACGGACGGCGUUCGACUUUGUUGCUCCUGAUAGUGACAUGUCAUUUUAUCUCCACGACAAGGGAUACAAUAUUGGCAAUGCCGGAGUCACGGAUGACUUUUACAGCCCAGGCUUCUCUCAGGAUCGUUUCGAAGAAGAGAUGGCCGAAAAUGAGCUGCGGAGAAGAAUGAUGAUGGAGAGCGCACGCGACCUCGAAGUUGACCUAGGAAACGUUGGCAUGGAUGAUCAGCCAGAGGCUGCCGAUGAAUUUGACGAGGAAGAAGAGCAAGAGUUUGACUGGCUUCGAUGCACUCAUGAUCAAAUGUUUGUUUUUCAGGAGACCGAACUCGACCGCAUUCUUGACAUCAUCAUAACAAACAUGAGGCCGCAGAGGACGCCUUCGCAGAAGCCGGUCCCAGCCAACAUGAUAUUUUUAAGUGCCAGAUACGCACACUACCACUCCAGCCCAGAACUGCUGGCAAAACUCCUCAUAACAGCCAUGGAUAAGAUCAACGACGUGGUUGAGGAACAUCAGUGGGAUAUGACUAUAUUAGCUUUUUGGAUAUCAAACGCCACCCUGCUCUUGCACUACCUGAAGAAGGAUGCAGGUCUUGUGGGUGCAACGGCCGAGUUUCAGGCACAACUCGCCGAACUCAUCAACGAAAUCUUUAUUCUGAUCGUACGUGAUGCCGAGAGGCGACUAGACAAGGUUCUAGACCCGGCGAUGCUAGACCACGAGACAAUACCGGGUUUUGAAGACAUCACUUUUCAAAACGAAUGGAAACUUUUCAAACGGAAGAAGGAGGUCAAGGAGGAGCCACUAGAGAGGAGAUAUCGACCACCCUCGCCGAAACAGAGGGCUAAGCCGGCGCCACGCAACGUGACUUCACUCCUCUCAUCGACUCUUUUCGUUUUGGAUCUUUAUGAUAUUCACUCGGUCAUCACCUGCCAAAUCAUCUCGCAACUUCUCUAUUGGAUCGGAGCUGAGCUCUUCAACCGCAUUAUGUCCAACCGCAAAUAUCUGGCGCGGACCAAAGCCAUGCAGAUCCGCAUGAACAUUUCGGUUCUAGAGGAUUGGGCGAGGCAAAACAACCGAGCGCCGGAACAUUACGAGCACGGAGAGAUGCGAUCUACUGGUGAAGCGACUGUCGAAGCGGCCAGGAGGCACUUGGCGCCUGUGAUCCAGCUGCUGCAGUGGCUUCAAUGUUUCUCCUCCCUCGGAGCAGACGACCUAGAGGCACUCGUAGGCACGCUGCAACAGCUAAAAUCACUCAGCCCACAACAACUCAUACAUGCUGCAGACCACUACAGGCCGGAGGUGGGCGAGAAAGGGCUACCGAAGAGUGCGUUGAAGUAUCUCGUAGCCAUACAAAAAGAAGCUACGCUCCGGCGCGAGAAGCAACGAGCCAAGCCAGGGAACACCAGUGCACCGUUGACCCCACAGAAAGGAGGUGCAAAUGGGGAAAAUGAUAAGAAAGGCUCUCCAUCGUCAUCACGCGGGGAUGCAGAUGAUGAUGAUGACGAUGACGACGAUGCGCCAGAGCACCUCCUACUAGACCCGGCCGUCAUGCUGCCGUUCUCAUUACCGUCGGUGACAGACAUGCUAGUUACGUACGGUGCUGGAUUUGGUGGCGUGAACCGGGAGCGGGAGCGCAAGUACAUACCAACGGUCCCACCGGAAUUCUUAGCAAAGCUGGAACAAUUAAACCAGGCUCAGGGCGGCGGGAGUGGCGUCAAGAAGCCCAUGUUUGGGGAGAAGGACUGGGAGAACGAGGAAGUGUAGCUGUAACUGACUAGCAGCGAAUGUGCCACGAAGCAAAAAGCAUACAAACAGGCGUUCUUUGGGCUGCAAGGUUAUGAUAGAUGGCAUCAUGAAAAUUGCUGUUUGGGUUUUGCCCAACUCACCGC